AUCCUCAUUCAUAUCAACGAAAUGAAUAUCACCAAGUCUUCAUUACACAGGGUAAAAGAAAACGAUAUGGCUGCAGGCGACGAGAUAGAAGUCAAACAACGAAUGGAAUACAAGAAGAACAACUAUUACGUCUUCAUUUUACCCAGUAAGCUAGCUAAUGGCAAGUAUGCCGUAAAGAUGAGCUACAAAGCGUUCCUAACAACAACUUUGAAUGGGUUGUACCUUAGUACAUACAUGGACUCUAAACUUGGAAAGAGGAAAUUAGCCACGACAAAGUUUSAACCUACAGACGCGCGUAAAGCUUUGCCUUGUUUUGACGAACCUGCAAUGAAAGCAACCUUUACAACAACGAUCGUCCAUGAAAAAAACUAUACUGCACUCUCGAAUAUGCCGGAGAAGAAGAAAGAAACUUUGCCCAGUGGCUUGAUUCGUACAAGGUUUCAAAAAUCAGUGCCAAUGUCCACCUACUUGUUGGCUUUUAUUGUAUGCGACUUUGCUCACAAGUCAAACUUAACUGGAAUACACGGCAACAUCACGGUUCGCGUCUGGACAACACGUGAUCAAAUCAAUCAAGCAGAGUUUGCACUAUCAGUGGCAUCCCAGAUUAUAACAUACUUCGAGCGUUAUUACAAAGUAGACUAUCCACUACCUAAACAAGACCUAAUCGCCAUUCCCGACUUCUCGUCCGGUGCUAUGGAGAACUGGGGACUAAUUACAUUCAGAGAGACCAGGUUAUUAUAUCAACCUGGGGUUUCAUCAGAAAGUAAUAAACAAAGUGUUGCCACGGUUAUAUCACAUGAGUUAGCACAUCAGGUUAGUCGAAAAUGUCACAUCUUUUGUAACCAAUCAGUUUGCAUGAUAACAAAUCGUUUAUUUGCAAAUAAGCUAGGCAACAAUACAUUGAUCAAGUUUCAAAAAUCAGUGCCAAUGUCCACCUACUUGUUGGCUUUUAUUGUAUGCGACUUUGCUCACAAGUCAAACUUAACUGGAAUACACGGCAACAUCACGGUUCGCGUCUGGACAACACGUGAUCAAAUCAAUCAAGCAGAGUUUGCACUAUCAGUGGCAUCCCAGAUUAUAACAUACUUCGAGCGUUAUUACAAAGUAGACUAUCCACUACCUAAACAAGACCUAAUCGCCAUUCCCGACUUCUCGUCCGGUGCUAUGGAGAACUGGGGACUAAUUACAUUCAGAGAGACCAGGUUAUUAUAUCAACCUGGGGUUUCAUCAGAAAGUAAUAAACAAAGUGUUGCCACGGUUAUAUCACAUGAGUUAGCACAUCAGUGGUUUGGUAACAUAGUUUCUCCAAAAUGGUGGAACGACCUGUGGUUAAAUGAAGGGUUUGCAAGUUACGUGGAGUACCUGGGCGUGGAUCAUGUCCAUCCAGACUGGGAAAUGAUGGAGCAGUUUUUGCUGCUAGAUCUUCAGCUUGUUUUCCCGCUUGAUUCACUGGCCACGUCACACCCAAUAUCGGUGGAGGUCGAUCACCCCAAGAAGAUUAAACAGAUAUUUGAUCGUAUAUCUUACAGUAAGGGUUCUUCGAUUAUCAGGAUGUUGUCUGGUUUUCUUGGUCGUGAUCAAUUUACGAAAGGAUUGCAGUAUUACCUAAAAACAUAUGCUUUCAAGAACGCUGAAAUGAAAGACCUUUGGAAUGCGCUUGGAUCGGUCAGUAAAACAGACGUCAAGACCGUCAUGGAUACAUGGACGUUACAAAUGGGAUACCCUGUGGUCACAGUCGCAAAGAAAGGAAACAAAGCAACCGUUACACAGAAGCACUUCUUAGCGGAUCCCACAUCUAACGUGACUGAAAAAUCUCCCUUCGAUUACAAAUGGUACGUUCCGUUUACYUUCUUCACCGACAAAGUCAAUUCAACCAUGAUAUGGAUGAAUAAAACAUCAGCGGAAUUUACCUGGCCUGACGGAACGUGGAUCAAAGGAAACUACAAACAGAUAGGAUAUUACAGAGUAAAUUACGACGAAGCAAACUGGCGAGCACUGAGCAAACAGCUACAAGAUGAUCACAAGGUAUUCACAAGCGAUGACAGAUCUCAUCUUAUUGACGAUGCAUUCAGUUUAGCAAGCGCUGGAUAUCUUAAAUACUCAAUURCUCUGAGUAUGUUGAACUAUCUUGACAAAGAAACAGACUAUGUACCGUGGAAAACAGCGUUAAACAGACUGGGUUAUUUGAAAACUGUGUUAGGGAACCGUCAGUCUUAUGGGAACUUACAGAAAUUUAUUCGUAGCAAAGUGAGUCCCCACGCCAAGAGACUUGGUUGGACAAUGCUUUCUGAUGAUGGGCAUAUUGACAAAUACAAACGUGCAACAUUUCUCAGAGCAGCAUGUGCAAAUGGCGACAAACAGGCCAAUAAAAACGCAACUGGAAUUUUCCUUGAAUGGAAAAAUGGCACGAGGAAAGACAUCGACGUCGACCUGCGUUCGUUGGUCUAUCGAUACGGAAUUGCUAACACCGGUGAAGAGGAAUGGCAAUGGAUGUUCAACAAGUUCCUAAAUACCAGUGAUGURACCGAAAAAAAUACUUUGAUGUCUGCUUUAGGAUCGAGCAACAAACCAUGGAUUCUCAAUACGUUCCUUGCCAGUUCGCUUGAUCCUAAAUUGAUUCGUGCUCAGGACAUGGUUAGCGUCAUUMGAUAUGUYGCCUACAACCCUGUUGGUAAAUAUCUGGCUUGGAACUUUGCACAAGAACACUGGGGAGUUCUACUGGAUACGAUGCAACACUUCUUCGAUACGUCAGAGGCUGGUACUAGUGAAGUGGCUCGAAAGCAGGCUAUUGAAAGAACAAAAACUAAAAUUGCUUGGCUUAAAAACAAUGAAGCUGAAGUCGAAGAAUGGCUGAAGAAAAAUAUCUAAUUGAAGCUGUCGGUAAUCUUGUUAGUACACGGACUGUACGACUAUUAGAAUGAAACUACUUUGCUCACUCUUUUUUAUGAAAUAAAGUUUUUUAACGCAUGAUUGUA